AUGCCUUCCAACGACGUCAUUCGUCGAGUGGGUAUUGCUGUAUGUUUACUUUCCGUGAUUACCACCUGCACACUACUGCUCACUGUAAUCAGCAUCUGGCAGCGUGCCAACAACUUCAAAACGGACGUCAUGACUCGCAGUCAUGUAUUUGGCACGAAAUCGCAAGUGAUUUGGGCUGAAAUGAACGAGAUGAGUCGGACACUGAGAAUUCCUCGAGACUAUGGAGAAUCUGCAGCAGAAGAGAGGAAGCAGGGCGUACUCCACAAAUGUAGUCAAUGCUCCCGCCUCCAUUGUCCUCCUGGGCAACCUGGCGAAGAAGGUCCUCCAGGGCAGGAUGGCGAACCAGGAGAGCCAGGUAAUCCAGGGGUGCCCGGUAUUGACGGAGAAGAUAUCGAGCUGGAUGCUCAGCCCGAUAUACCAUGCAGGAUUUGUCCAGCUGGCCCGCCCGGCUCUCGCGGACCGCAGGGCGAGCGCGGUCUCAACGGUAAACAGGGAACUCCAGGGGCUCAUGGUGACGCUGGAAAUCCCGGUAUUCCUGGAUCGAUCGGAACACCAGGUUUCCCUGGACACGUCGGCGCUCCAGGGAGUACAGGACCUCGAGGUGCACCAGGCGAUAAUGCGAUUGCCGGUGAAGGGAUAAAGGGACCACGUGGAGUGCCUGGCACGCAAGGUGCGAAGGGGCCACCCGGAACUCCUGGUCGCCCGUCUAAUGUGAGAGGAGCUCCUGGCAUGACCGGGCCAAGAGGUGGAAUAGGGAAAACUGGGAAGGCGAAGAUCACUCGAAGAAACGUAAUGUUCACGUUCAUGUUUCAGUUCGGAGCAUACGGCGAACAAGGCCCAGCUGGACCAUCAGGAGAGCCAGGCCUUCCAUCACCGUAUUGUCCAUCCGAUUGCGGAGUCAGUAAGAUCAUCUCAAGAAUGCGCGGAGAGUACACGGUAAGAUCCCUUUUCCCGAAAAGAUUCGAUUACGGUUUGAAAAGUAAGUGGCUUUGGACCGAUUGA